AUGAACAACCAAGUCUUGAUCAUUGGGCUUGACCCAGCCAAAAUCAGUCUUCCCGAAGUUUCUUCGGAUAAUUCCUUUUCCAAGGGAAAUAUAUGCAUUGUGCAACUGAAAACUGCUCAGCAAACCAGCCUUCUUCUCAGAAAGCUAGAGGGCUUUCCAGAUAUUCAAGCUUAUUCCUUGAAGGAGUUUUACAGUAUAAUGAGCGCGAAGGAGAGAGAAUAUACUCCAUUGAAAAGACUGGAGCCAAGGGAGUUUGUUGACUUCCAGUUUUCUGAACGUGAACAAUUUGUGGUCAUCAACAACGGAGUCCUCUCCUUGCUAGAGCAAAAGAAUAAGGAGUUUGAGGAGAUAGGUACGUUUGAAAAGGCCAUUAGGUGUCUGUCCAGUGAUGAUGGGGUGUUUGUAUGUUUUGUUGGAGGCAGAAUGAUUGAGUUCCGAACAGGAAGAUAUCUCGAGAUGUUCAGUAGAAUCGAGCUUGGGGAUGAGGUGGUAAACAUGUCGUUUAGCCCUGAUAAUAGGUUUGCUGUGGUUUCCACAAAGAAAGAAACAAGUGUAUGGGAUAUAUUCAAGAAUGAAUGUCUCACCAAACAGCAAGGUGUUACAGGAGACACAGUACUUGAUGAAGAUCAUGUGUACUUCCUAGGACUAGGAAAAGUCUUUUCACUUCUCCAAGGCAAAGAAGUAGAGCCGGAUCCAAAGCUUUCCUUCCUGAAAUGUAUUAGGCAUCACAAUGGCCAGAAAGUAGAGUUUAGCGAUGAUAGGGUACAGAAAAUCCGAUAUGAAGUGGGAGAAUACAAGCUUUCAAAAACACAUGCAAACAUCGAAGACAUCAAAUUUUACUUUUCUGGAAAGAGGUGCUUUGUGCUGAUGACAAAGAAUAUACAGAAGAAAAAGGUACAAUUCGUCGAGUCUUACGGAACCGACGGGAUAACUCUUACACAGCUUGAGGGAUGUGUAGAACAAAUAGAGGUGUCGGAUAAGAUGUUUGUUGUUGUUGACACAAAACAAACUCUUUCGUUCUACAUCAGAAACAGAUUUGGGUUCGGUAUGGCCAAACAGAUUAGAAAAGAAGAUGAUUUACUUAUUGCACUUUACGAUGAUAUAUGCUGUGUCCACGAUGCUGACACAGGAAACAUAGAGUUCUACGACAAUGGAGAGCUGAGAAGUGCCUAUUCUCAUCCAUCAUGCACAGGUAUCUCGUGGUCGUAUAGUGGGCUUUAUGCAGCCUCAGUUUCAGCUGGAGACUGCUCCAGUGGACUGGUCCAAAUGUUCAACAGAAACGGAAAACUCCUUUGGAAAAAGGUGUUCAACAGACUUACUCUAUUCAUGUGGAGGCCCUUUUCUCAUCUUUCAUCCGAAGAUAAAGCAAAGGCUGUGGAGGAGUUUUCUGAAUCAAUUGAAAACGAUACAAGUGAGGAGGAGUGCACUGAAGAUACAAGCGAGCUCCUCUCGAGAUGGAAAAGCUAUCUCAUCUCCAAGAAGCAAAGGGUUCUGUCACUGAAAUAA